CUUCCCAAAAUGGCGGCGCUGCUUGGGCUUGCCGGACUCUCCCAAGAUGGCGGGCGGAAGUGAGGCCUCCGCGCGAGGCUUCGGGCUGUGGAGACUUCAUGGCCGGGAGCUCGACGGUGCUCAAGCGGGCAGUUGAGGCGCUGGACUUGCUCCUGGGGAGAGCCGGGGCCGCAGGGACAGGCCCUCUCCAGGCCACCAGACAUGCCGAUCUGCUGGAAUCCUUCCGCUCCAACGUGGCCGCUGUGGAGGAGCAGCUUGCUGGCAACCCCCAGUGGGCCGAGUUGCAGGGGUUGCGCGUCGAGCUCUCCAGGCAGGCGCUGUGGGCUGCCCCCUGCCCGGAUGUCCCUUGGAGUUUCACCAGCCAUGCCUUGCUCCUGCUGCUGUGUCUCAAGCACUGCAUGCUUCGCCUCGCGGCGGCUUUCCACCCACCUCUGCCAAACCCCAAGACCGCCGAAGCUGCUCCCGCUCUGAGCCCAGACACCCUCAGCAUUGCUCAGGAGAAAACCGUGCAGGCUGCCUUGCAGUUUGUGGUGACGCUGGGCCUCUGCCCGUAUCUCUUGCCUGGCGUCGGGCUUCCCCUGGGACGCAGGACAGAGUUCAGUGCCCUGGUUCACGAGGUGAUCUCUCGGGGCUCCCUUUCCGGUGCCACGCGCAGGCUUUAUGCCACCUGCACCGUCCUGCUGGAGGUCGCUCAGCACCCAUCUCUGGGCAGCCUCAUCCUCACACGCCACCUCGGGGAUCUUCUCGCAGGAUUGUGCCAACUCGGAUUCUGUCCAGCAAGGAGGGAAGGUGAACAAGCAAAGCUGGGGCUGGAAUUGACGGGCCUUACGGAAGAGGAGCGUGCCGGCUGCAGGGAGGCCCUGCAAGGCCUUUUGGGCAGAGUUUACCAGCCGCUGGUGGUCCGGGAACUGCUGCUGCUUCAAGGUGGAUCAUCUAAGCAGGGCUCCCAUUCCAGCAAGGGUGAAGGCGAGGGCGGCCUGGCUCCUGCCCCAGCCUGGCUACGGCGCCUCUGUGGGCAGCUCCUCUCUGAGAGGCUAGUAAGGCCUGGCGGAGUCCAGGCUGUGGUCCGUGGCAUCCUGGAGGGAGCAGGAGCGGGGGCUGUGGGGGGCAAGAGUGCCGAAGCAGCAGCGGCUGACUGGCGGAAAUGCGACGCAGUGGCCAGGAUCCUGUCCUCCUGUCCUCAGCAGUCUCUGUCCCUGGAAGAUUACUACCGAGAGGUGUGCCCCCAGGUUCUGCAGCUGCUCCUCAUUCAGGAUAAGCUGACAGCUGCUCAGUUCCAGCGGGUUGCCGCCACCACGGUGCUGGCCCUGGCAAGGCGACACCCCCGGGAGGCAGAGAAGCACCUGCUGCAGCCGCUGCUGGAGCCGCUGCUGCGCUGCUCCCAGGUGGCAGGGGUGUCUCCGGAAGUCCUGCCAGCAGGGACCGUGCUGGUGAAAGAGGAGGAGCUCAGCGGAUGUGUGGAGAGCGUGUUUAAGGUCUACGUGGCAGGCAAUGAGCCCUUGGCUGUGCUGCUGGCUUCCCUGCAGCCGGCCCUGGGAGUCGUCUUCUCCCUCUACUGUUUCACCAAGCAGAACGUGUCUUUCUUACGCCAUCCGUGCCAGGAGAUCCUGUUGUGGUUCUUGGAGAAGAGCGAGCGGGAGACGGCGCUCUCCGUCCUGGAGGGCCUGGCCAGGCUGGGAGGGGCCACCCGCCCCCUCCACCCCCAGUGCCAGUUCCAAGUAGCUGGUGAAGGGGGGGCCGCGAUCACCGUCAGGAGGACUGUCCAAGGGGGGGAGGAGGAGGAGGAGGAGGAGGAGGCCCUCUACCAGAAGAUUUCCUCCGAGCAGUGGCAGCUGGAGCAGCUGGUGGACCUGGUGUCUCGCUGCCGGAGCAGCGGCGUGGCCGGAGACCUCUUCAUCCGCUGCCUGAAGGAGCUGACCCACAUAGCUGGACAAGGCGCUGCCGACGUGGAGUCCGUCCCGCUCUCCCGCCGGAGUCCCGUGGAGCUGGAGCCGCCGGAGAGGCAGCUGCAGGUGCUGCAGUUGGUGGCCAUGCUGUGCGAGGGCAUCUCCGACUCGCUCUUCACGGACGUUGCGCAGGUUGUAGACUUCGUGGCCACAACCCUGCAGCGGGCCUGCGUGGCUCUUUCCUGCCGCUCUGAGGCUGCCGUGGAAGCCCAGACCCUGAGCAUGGCCAUGGGGCUGGUGGCAGCCAUGCUGGCAGGGGCUGUGCAGCUGAAGUCCGCCGACUUUGCUGCCCUGGAGCAGCGGCUGCUGCCCCUGCUGGGGGAGGUCUCCCGCGUCCACCCGGAGCCCGUCCUCCAGGAGCUGGCUGCUGACCUGCGCGCCUCCAUCUGCACCCGCGGAGCCUUUUCCCCGGAGACCGUCUCCUCGGCUGCCCAGAGCACCCUGGGCAAGGCCAGGGCCAGCCGGGCCCCUCCAGAGAAGCCCCGCGUGGCCCACCUGGCGUGCGGCUCGGCUGCGGAGCCCGGUUCCAGCGGCACACCGAGAGGGUCCCUGGCCAGGCCGCCCGCUGCAGGCCCAGGCUCCAGCGCGGGGGGCCUGCAGGAGCUCCUCUUGUCCGUGUGUGACCCUGACGUCCCGGCACGAGCAGCUGCCUUGCGCACCCUCUCCGGCUUGAUCGAGCAGAGGGACCCGGAGGCCCUGGAGAGGCGGGAGAAGCUGCUGCAGGUUUUUGUGGAAAACCUGGAACACGAGGACUCCUUUGUUUAUCUCUCUGCUAUUCAAGGUGUUGCCCUGCUUGCCGAUGCGUCCCCGGAGCAAGUUCUGCCCUGCCUGCUCGCCCAGUAUGGAGGUGCUCAGCCAGACACACGGAAAGCCUGGAGGGCCGAGACCAGGAUGAAGCUGGGGGAGGCCCUGAUGCGCGCCACGCGGGCCCUGGGAGACAUGGUCUUCGCACACCGAGACCGGCUGAUCCAGGCCUUUCUACGGGGAGCCCGGGAUCCGGAGAGCAGCCUGCGGGCCAGCAGCCUCUCUAACUUGGGGGAGCUGUGCCGGAUCCUUCAGUUCCAGCUGGGCUCUGUGGUCCACGAGGUGAGCUCCUGCCUGGCCGCGAUCGCACAGACCGACCCUGAGGCUGAAGUGCGGAGGGCCGCGGUCCACGUGGUGGUGCUUCUGCUGCGUGGGCUCAGCCAGAGAGCCACGGAGGUUCUCCGGGAUGUGCUGCUGGACCUUUACCGCCUGCUCAAGUCCGUGGUGCGUUGUGAACGCGACGAGGUCACCGUGCUCCACGCCCAGCUGGCCUUGGAGGAGCUGGACGGCAUCAUGAGGCAGUUUCUGUUCCCCCAGCAGACCCUCGAGAAGAAGAUUGUGGUCCUGCCUUGAGGAUGCCCAGCCGGAGCGGGAGGUGGGAGCGCCCUGCCCCGGCCAGGCCUGCUUUCGGGGUCAGAGCAGCUGGCCUCCGGAGAGCCCCCUUGGCAAGCAGAAAGGAUUUUGCCCCUGAGACAAGGAAAGGGUUGCCCCAGAAAUCCUGCUCUGGCCCCGUGGAGGCUUCGCCUUUGGACAGAGGGCAGCAGCCAGGAGGGGGUGAGGCUGUCUUGGAGCAGCUUCUGGGACUGGUCAGUGUAAGAACGCAGUUCCCAAUAAACAGUCUCAUGUGGAAA